CUACAGUGCAGUGAAGAGUGGGGUUCAGUGUAAAUUUUACAAGCACGCGCGCAGAGUGAUUAUCACUAAGCUCAAAGAAGAGAGAUCGGGAGCUUAUGAGGUUCCUAAGAAAUCAUAUAUUAUUACAAGGAAAUAGUAUAUCGAUUAAUAUUCUAGAGUGACAGCGUGAUGAGCCUACCUACCCAGCGUGGGGUUCGGAUUUCUACACUUUAUACUGGGAUCUUAUUCUUUGACUAGUUGGAAUAACUCGCUGUGUUGAUUAAUGAGGAAGGUCUAAGAGAGAACAAUAUUCGUGUUGGUGCACUCAAACUGAGAACCCUCGGAUCUUAACUUAUUCUCUUCAAUUCGCGAAUAAAGCGGAUUGGAAGGAAAUUGCACCGUUUCUAAAGCUUGGCCCCUUAAUUGGGCGAAUACACGCAAAGGAUAACCAUGGAGAAAAUACGGUGUUUUUCGUGCUUCGUACUCUUCAUAGCGACUCUAUUACCUGCAAUAAUUGCACAAUCGUCGUACGUUGAAUUCAAUGUCCUUCAAGACGUGGGUAUCUCUGCUGCAUCACCCGGGGUAGAUCUUGUAAGAGGACAAGAAGAGAACUCGGUAGCUUAUAAGAUCAAACCUAACAAAGGUGACAUGGCAGCUAAUACUAUCGACGUGCAACGUCUCGGAGAUGCUAUGAACGAUGAAGAUGGCUUCGUACUCGUCGCCAAAGUGAAGAUGGGUCAGAAAGCUCGGGAACCGUAGUGUCCCUAGAUGGUCAUGGCCACACAGAUAGACUCUUUGGCUUGGUGAUUGACCGUAAGAGUGAUAGUGUCUUGAUGCCAUACUCGUACAGAAGGGAUGGUGUUACUACGCAAGAUUCAUUGGAGUUCUCAGGUCUGAAUCUUGAAGAUACAGAGGAUAGAGACUGGCAUACCUUCACGUUAGAUAUCCAAGGUAACUUGGCAAUCCUGUAUGCUGACUGUACCAGGGUUGGUCUUCAGAUCAUGUAUGGAAGCUUUGUCUAUGAUGUCACACCUGAUCAAUAUUCCCUCAGGCUUGGAAAAGGACUCAAGGGGCGAAAAGACGUGCCAGAUUUUAAGGGUAUCAUAGAAGAUGUGAAGUUUAUCUUUGGUCAGCGAGGUACUCGUAUUCUCCGUCUACAAGGAUGUGAUAUCGAGGCCAGCUCCAGCCAAUCGUCAAGCUCAGAUAUAUCACCAGAUUUCGGUGGACAAAGUCAUGACAGUCAACUCUCACCGUUCGGUAAGUACAGUCUCAUCCAAUGCACAUGCACCCACAAAACUGUAAAACCUGCAUGAAAUAGAGAACGAAGAUUUUAAAAAGCGCAUUAAAAUAGGGCGGACACGGGAUAUUUGUUACAAUUCUUCAUUCUUCUCUCUUU